GCAGGUACUAAAGCACGGGCUGCUGUGGCGCGGAAACAACCGCCAACGUUAAAACUGACUGGAGGCGACACCGCACAAGAUAAAGACCUGAAUCUAGCGUUCAGUCGUCUGGCACUGAAAGUCAAACAAUCCGUCGAAUGGAAACACAUCGCUCGGCAACUAGGCUUCAACAAUCAGGAGGUUAAAGACGUCGAGACCGACUGUCCAGACGAGCCGAUGUACGAGACGCUGGUAAAAUGGAGAGAGCGAGCCGGUCCUGCUGCCAGCCUGGCUGUACUGGAGCAGUGUCUGAGGGACCUGGACCUGCACCAGCUGGCAGACCAGAUCACCAGGACGGUUGUGAGCCCGACUCGCAGAGGACAUGAGCCAGAAGAAAGGGGAGCAGUGGGAGGCCAGCUGCUGGGUGAGGUGCAGAGGAGAUAUCCUAGCGUGACGGUAGACCGGAAGCUUCCUAUCAUCGAGUUUGAACGACUCAACUUUCCGGAAGAGCCCAUUCUUGGCCGUGGGGGGUUCGCCGCUGUGGAGAAGGCCCAUCAUCUGGACUGGAGACAACAUGUGGCAGUCAAACGGCUGCUGACUCGCAAAAUCGAAGGAAGUGAGCAAGAGCUGCUAUACUCCGAGGCGAGGAAACUGAACCUGGGAAGCCGAUCAGACCACGUCAUCAGUCUGCUGGGGGUCUGUCUGGACCCAAACUUCGCCAUCGUGAUGCCCUACAUGGAGAACGGCUCUCUGGCCGGGCUGCUGCGGGAUGUGGACGUGCCCUGGACCCUGAGGUGGAGAAUGGCGCACGAGAUCUCCCUGGGGAUGACUUUCCUGCACUGCCAGAAUCCACAGAUUCUCCACUGUGAUCUGAAGGCAGAGAACGUGCUCCUGGAUGGGGACUUCCAUGUGAAGAUUUCCGACUUCGGCUUGUCGAAGUGGAGAACGGAAUCUGGUGUUGUCACUUCUACGAGCCUAACGGGAGGCACAGUGACCCAUAUCCCACCGGAGUGUUUCUUGGUAGAUAUCAACGCCGGGUUCAUUCCAACUGCCAAGUUUGAUGUUUACAGCUUUGGCGUACUGCUCUGGGAGAUCAUUACAAGGAAAACGCCUUACAAUGCUUCCCAGCCAAACAAUGUCAUAUCAGCCCGGAUAAGAACAACGAUCCCCAUGGGUCAACGACCUGACCUGACCCUGAUCCCCGCCGACCGGGAAGACGUGACGUCAGUGAGUCAGCUGAUGCAGACAUGCUGGAGCCAGAACCCGGAGGACAGACCGCCGUUCAACGACUGUGCUGACCGACUCCGCCAUGUGAAGGACAGGUUUAGUCGGGAGGAGAUUCGACAGGCAAUCAUCACUGUGGAGAAGAUGAAGGCUGCAGCCAGCAAGAAGUAA